GUUUGCAUUAUGAUAACAAAGUGUGGAACGCUGUGUAAAAAAAUCGUAUUUUUAAUAAUAUUCGUUAUACUUUUAAUUGAAAGUGCAGAUUCCCUCCAUCGCACACUUAAACACUUUGAGAUAAUUCACAAAAAUGAUGUCGAACAUCGUAUUAUAAAACUGGGAGCUAAUUCUAGCAACAACUCCUACAACACUAUAAAUGAAAUAGAGUUUAAAACAUUGGGUAGAGAUUUCCAUUUGAUAUUACAUCCACAUCGUGAAGUACUCCACAGCAAAUUUAAAGCAUACACUGUGGAUGGCGAUACUAAUGAGACCAUAGUACAUUCAGAUCAUGAUAAUUGUUUUGCGGGUCGUGUUUUUGGCGAAAUGGAAUCUCAUGUUAGAGCCCACAUAGAAAAUGGUUUAAUGACAAUGUCUAUCAAUUUACCAGAUGAAACAUAUCAUAUAGAGCCUACUUGUCGUCAUUUGCCCACUGCCAAAGAAAAUACAAUGGUGGCUUAUCGUUUAUCCGAUGUCAAAAUAAAACAUCCUCAUGGUAAUGAAAAGGGUGGAGCACCCUUAACAUGCGGCAAUGUUAAGGAAGGUUUAGAACUUGAAACCGACAAAGACGUUGAUGAGGAAUCAAACCGUUUAGAAACAGAAAAUAAACAUUAUCAUACAAAUCUUUUACCUUUAUCUCAGAAUGAAUACCAGAAAACAACCAAAAUCCAAACUGAUCAAUAUGAAGAAUAUGAAGAAUAUACGCGUUUAGAACCUCGCUCUCAUUGGGAUUGUGUGGUCGACUUCUUUUGCUACGGAAUAAUUAGUUAUACUUCUCAAUAUCUAUUAUUAUAUUACUAUGAUUAUUGAUCUGCUAUUCUAAAUUUCAAUUUCUAUUUUCUCAAUAUUAAUUUAGAUUUUUAAUUUGAAUUUUUUCUAUUCUCAAUAUUAACUUGUUUUAUGUUUUCUCAUUAUUAAAUUGGAUUGAUUACUUAUA